AUGUGCUGCUUUGGCGCGUCAAUUUCUAGCACGGCCGAAAAGGGUACUCAAGCAUUCGGUAAGAGACAUACCAAGACACACACAAUCUGCCGUCGUUGCAACAAGCGCUCUUUGCACCGUCAAAAGAAGGAAUGUGCUUCUUGCGGAUACCCAGCUGCUAAGAUUCGUUCAUUCGAAUGGGGCCAAAAAGCUCAAAGGAGAAGAACAACUGGUACCGGUCGUAUGCGUCACAUGAAGGGUGUCCCACGUCGUGCCAAGAAUGGUUUCCGUACUGGUGUUGCUACACGUAAGGCUGUCGCAGCCUCCGCUUAAAGCGUCUUCGAUAUUAAAUGAUCAUGAUACGACACACGAUUGACCAUCAAUGAAGGAUUUGUGAGGGCGUUAACAUUCGACUUCCUUUUCGGCAUUUUCGACUGCAUAUCUUUCUCAACAAAUUUACUUCGAUGAACAUGGAUCGUGCUACUUUCUUCGAUUGGAUCGCCACCCGAUCCAUCUUGUAUGCAUACGAGUCUCAUUCUUUACGGGAAUAGUCUCACCAAAUGUUACUACCACCAUCAACAUUCUAAAAGAGCAUCUAUUGCAUGUUCCGGCACAAUACAUCUAUUCUAAGCUUAC